UGGCCGCUCCAGCUUUACUACACAACCCCUUAGCUAACCCGGGGCAAUGGGACGGUACUGGGACUGUUAUUUCGCAGCAGGCCACCUCAGGGUGGUAGAGGAGUGGUCUCACUGAUCUAGUGUCUCACCUAAAGCUGGAGGGCCUCAUCAGAGCGUUAGACAGAGCGCGCCGGAGUCCAGGACAAAGUAAAGAGAGAGCGCGCAGGGGUCCAGGACAAAGAGAGAGAGCGUCUAAAGAGAGUGGCAAAGGAGGUGUAUUUCAGGGCUGCUCUUCCUGUACAGGAAGUGCAACUUUGGCAACCGCUGGAUGCGGUAACGGAUAGAAAGUGGUACAUUCACUUCUGGCUGGAUCCCCAUAAGUAGACCUGUUAUCUCCCUAUCUCUCAUUCCUUCUCUGACUCUGCCCCUGGCUGGACCGUAGCCAUUUGUGUGGCGCCUCGCCCAGUGGCUAUAGGAGAGCAGGAUGGACUGUCUGGCCAGCAGGUACCGGCGGGCCCGUUCGAGGCGCGUUGCUCUGGAGAGAAGAGGCAAGGCCAGCUGUCAGACCGGCCACAUUGAGGAGCCCUGCGUCGCAGUGAAGCUCGAACACACCAGAGGUCUCGGCAGCAGCCCUACAUCGUGUGGAAGCCCACCCAGUGUGAGGGACUGUCUCAGUCGGGCCGUUAGUGGGACUUCUGUCAGGGCAAGGGGAGGAGUCAAUGGAAGAGGCUCUGCCCACCGAGCCCAGCUGCAGCCUAAACCCAAAGUGCCCCCCAAGCCAGCUCACCUGCAGAGCCCGGUGACGGAGUCCCCCUCUCCUCUGGGGCGCCUCGGAGCACCCUUACACACUGCCAGGAUGGAGGAGCGAGCCGGGGGAGGAGGAGGAGGAAGAGGAGGAGGAGGAGGAGGAGGAGGAGGAGGAGGAGUAUCCCAGAGCAGGGAUCGGACCAAAGACAAGCCCUCCAAGGUCCUUGACCUGAUCAGCCGCUUUGAGGAGAAUAGCAGCUCAGACGUCCGGAGGGAAGUGCCGCCGCUCAAGCAGAUCAGCCGCACGGCCGCCGGCAGCCCCGCACACCGCAGCCCCCUCAAGUCGCCCGACAAGUCGCCCGACAAGACGCCAGAGGGGGCGGAGCGGCGCGUGGACCCGGGACCAGCCGCCGCACCCCCAGCGCCGCGGGAUGCCCUGAGGCCGCCCACCAACGGGACGCGAGCCAAGAUGGAACAGGAGCUGGAAGAGAGCGUGGACGGCCCGGGAAAGGCCGAGGGCGGGGAGGAGAACCGCCACGCCGGGAGCGAGUGCGUCAAGGGGUUGGUGAACGGGGACGCCGUCGGGAAAGCGAGCGUGGAGGACGGCGAGCGCACCGAUGGGGAGGGGUCAACCCCACACAGGACGGAGGAGGCUGGGACCGGGAACGGAGACCAGGGACCCGAGUCGGACGUGGAGAACGAUCACAGAAAGGAAGGGGUCAACACGGAACCCAAGGAAACCAAUGAACAGAAGCUGUUUAAGAUCGCCAACGAGCUGCUGAAGACAGAGAAGGCCUACGUGGCCCGGCUUCACCUGCUGGAUCAGGUAUUCAGUGCAAAGCUCAUGGAGGAGGCAGGUAAAGGGACGUUCCCCGGGGAGGUGGUGAAGAACAUCUUCUCCAACAUCUCCUCCGUCCACACCUUCCACAGCCAGUUCCUCCUCCCAGACCUGGAGAGACGCAUGGGGGAAUGGGAGUCGACACCUCGCAUCGGAGACAUCCUGCUGAAGCUCACGCCCUUCCUGAAGAUGUACGCCGAGUACGUGAAGAACUUCGACCAGGCCAUGGAGCUGCUGAAACAGUGGAGCGACCGCUCGCCGCAGUUCAAAUCCAUCAUCCAGGAGAUCCAGUGCCAGGAGGUGUGCGGGUCGCUGACGUUGCAGCACCACAUGCUGGAGCCGGUCCAGAGGGUCCCCCGGUACGAGAUGCUGCUGAAGGACUACCUGAAGAAGCUUCCCCCGGACCACCUGGACCGCAGGGACGCAGAAAAAUCACUAGAGAUCAUUGCCACGGCAGCAACCCACUCCAACAGUGCUAUUCGAAAAUCAGACAAUCUGAAGAAGCUGCUGGAGAUCUAUGAGAUGCUGGGAGAGGAAGAGGACAUUGUCAACGCCUCCAACGAGUUCAUCAAGGAGGGCCACAUUCUGAAGCUGGCGGCCAGAAACACGUCUGCCAUGGAGAGAUACCUCUUCCUGCUCAACAACAUGCUGCUGUACUGCGUGCCCAAGUUCAGCCUGGGAGGCCCCAAGUACACCUUGAGGACCCGCAUCGGCAUGGACGGCAUGAAGGUCCUGGAGACCUCCAACGAGGACUACCCUCACACCUUCCAGGUGUCUGGGAAGGAGAGGAUGCUGGAGCUCCAGGCCAGCUCAGAGCAAGACAAGGCGGGGUGGAUAAAGGCAUUACAGGAGACCAUCGCUGUCUUCCAGCAGAAGAACGAGUCGUUUAAGUCUGCAUCCAAGGAGGUGGAGGAGGUAUCGACAGCAGAGCUGGGGAAGCGGGCGCCCCGCUGGAUCCGGGACAACGAGGUGACCAUGUGCAUGAAGUGCAAGGAGUCCUUCAACGCCCUGACCAGACGGAGGCACCACUGCCGGGCCUGUGGCUAUGUGGUGUGCUGGAAGUGUUCAGACAACAAGGUGGCUCUGCAGUACGACAACAACAAGGUGAACAAGGUGUGCAGGGACUGCUUCUCCAUCCUGACCGGAGAGGAGCCGGCCGAGGGCAAGAAGAAGGGCAUCCUGGAGAUCGAGGCAGGCCAGUUUACAGGAAGCAGCAUCAUGUGCGGCUUCCUGCAGUACAGUGAGAAGACCAAGCCCUGGCAGAAGGUGUGGGGUGUCCUCCCCGAGAAGGAGUGUCUGGUGCUCUAUCUCUACGGAGCUCCGCAGGACGUGAAAGCCCAGUGCACCAUCCCCCUGCUGGGCUACUGCGUGGAGGACAGCCCCCGGCCCACCGACCCUCCGGCCAGCUUCCGUCUCUCCCAGUCCAAAUCCGUCCACAGCUUCGCCGCUGAGUCGGAGGAGCUGAAGCAGCGCUGGCUCCGGGUCAUGCGGCUGGCGGUGACCGGAGAGAUGCCGGAACGACCGCCGUCCGACGGGAACGGGACCAGCAUGGACGACAGCAUCACACAGGAAUCCACCGGCAACGAGAGUUCGUAGCUGACGGGUCGAUCCGGAUCGACUGGGAUCGCACGAAAAUGAAAUAGGAUGCUGGAUCGCCAAGGACAUAAAAGAGUAUGAACUCAGUACCGGGACCCGUAUUCAGAGACCAUAGAGAAUAUCAGUGCUGGAUACUCCCCCAACCUCAACCUCCACUUGGAUUUCAUAACCAAUCAACACUGUAUAAGUGCUGAAACGUAGGAGAAGACAUUACCUGGUACAUCAAUGCUAGGAUCGGCUGCAGCGAGAGACUUGCAACUUCACAUACGGGCGUGUGAAUACAGAAAGCUGUGAAAUUGUGGUCACACACUGAGCUUCUUGCUGGUGCUCUUGAGAAGCUGUGUUCUGCUGAUGGAGCCAACUUGGCUGCCUCGAUCAGUAGAGGGAUAAAGUUUCCUCUUUCUUUGGACAAAAUGGACAGAUGUGUUGUCUCCCAACAUUCAAUGAGAGUGUGUUCCCAGGCUUGACGGAGUUCUUCAAUCAUAGAGCUAGAGAUCACAAUAUUAACAUUGUUAUCAUCAUACUCUGGAAAACUAAAGAACUGCACCGACUCAGUAUAUUACAACUCAAGGGAUAUUCCGUUACCUAUUGGCUGGCCUUGUAGUUAAUAGGAUUAUACUUUUCAAAGCGUAAUUUAGUAAUCCUGCUCAUUGAAUUUAGAAAACAACUUUAAUUUGUAUGAAACUGAUUAUGGAGACUGUUAAUUCGGGCGUUGGAACAACGUUUUUGGUAGAACAACCAUCAAGAGGUCUGCUGGUCCUUGUCAUACUACGGAAGUACACAUGCAGAUGGGUAUUGCUGAUUCAAAUAGAACACGGCGAUCCUCUCUCCCCCCAAACGGUUAACAUCUGAAGAACAAACAGUUUGUCUUCACUCCAGCAGACGGGAGCGUCUGGUGAGAUGGGUAUUAGGGUAUAAGUAUUAGAGUUUCUGUACUAGAUACGCAUAGGAUGAAGGUCAAAGUACGCUUUGAUUCCGUCGUGCAGCACAAUCAGAGAGUUUAGGGUAUUGACUUGGUGUAUCCAGAGUGUAAAUGCUGUAAUUAAUUGUAUUAUUUAAAGUAAUUUAUAGGCGAUACCGAGCAUGGUCGUUUAAUAUGAGUAGCACAAGCUCAGUUCCUCACUCUGCCAAUCCAGCUAGGUUCCUCACUUACCAGGACUACAAUCCGCCAUCCUAAGUAUUGCCGAAAGCAGGGGAAGUCAUGGAAACGAGGUAAAUGUUAAACGCUCAGUGUCAGUGUGUGUUGCGUAACCUGUUCCUAUGACCACAUUUCCACCCUGUGUUCACUGGAGGAGGUCUGCAGCCGUACCUGAUGGUCCCCCCGCGGUCCAGAAGGAAAUCAGAGCACAAAGUACCCUGGAUGCGAAAGCUGAAUAUAAAAUAAAACACGUUUUAGUUUAGCCAUCUUUUUUUAUGUACACAGUCCUUUACUUCCUCCCCUAAAGGUUUGAAAAUUGAUGCACUUUACUGUCUAUGAAGUGUACCUUGUAAAAAAAAAAAUUAAAAGAAGAGAAACUAUUAAUGGUGGUCAACCCAUUGCUUAACCAGCUCAUUUAAAAGGAUGACUUUCACGGAGCAACCACAAGCGACACUCACUUGUCAUGACUAGCAUUAUCUUUCACCAGCUAGGUUCUGAUGCCUUUUCCCACUCUCCUGGGAGCUGAGCUGCCUUCAUUAGCAUGCAGCUCAUAGCCCAGAACAGCUUCUACACGGGAAC